GGGGCGGUGGCGGCACCGGGCGGGACCGAGCGGGACCGAGAGGGACCGAGCGGGCGGGAGGGGACGGGGACAGGUGCGGCAACGCCACCGCGGCCCAUUGGGGCUCGGCGGCCCCGCCACCGGCCCCGCGGGCGCCGCCGACGCCGCGUCCCGCCGCCCGGCCGCGCGUCGUCAUCCCGGCGCGGCAUCACUCAGGCACCGCCAUCCCUCGCGCUGCUGAGGCCUCGGCGGGAGCAGCUGCCGCCGCGUUUCCCGACGACCGGGACGGUGCCGGUGCCAUGAAGGAGGACCGCCAGCAUCCCGUCGACCUGGGUUACGCCAUCACCAAGCCCGACAUCCUGGCCGAGGUGGAGCGAGGGGACGAGGGGGUGGCGGCGGCAGCGGGGCGCUACGGGGAGCGCCAGAGCCCCCGGCCACCCGCGGCACCGGCCGGUCCCUCCCAGGGGGACUGGCAGGGGAAGGAGGUGAAGAGCGAGGACGGGGUGUCCCCACCGCCCCGCUCGCCCCCGUCCCUCCACGCCGGCCCCGCCGACUUCCUCGUCCCGCUGCGGGAACGGGGCUGCAGCUACUGCGGCGUCCUCGAGCCGGAGGCGAACCCCGGUGCCGGUAACGGGGGGUUCAUCGCCGCACCGCCCGCCUUCGAGAGCCGCCGCUGCCGGCCCGGGGAGCCGCCGCUGGAUUGUGCCGAGUGCGGCCGAGGAGGCAUCGGGCACAAACCGGACCUGGUGCGGCACCGGCUGGGGCGCGGCGCGGAGCUCGGCUACGCCUGCGGCCGCUGCGGGACAGGCCUCGCCGAACCGGCGGGGCUGGGGGCCACGGGCAGCCCCCACCGGCCGGGGCCCUGCACCGGGCGCUCCCCGGGCACGGCGGAGGGAGCCACGGCGGCGGCGCCGCGGAAGGAGCGGAAGGAGCUGUCGCUGACCGAGAAGGUGCGCGUGCUGGAGAUGCUGGAGGGCCCCAAGGUGUCGCAGAGCGAGCUGGCCAAGCGCUUCGGGGUGUCGCAGCCCCAGAUCUGCCGCAUCAUCAAGAAUAAGGAGCGCAUCCUGAGCGAGUGGCACCGCAACGGCGACCCCGAGCGCAAGCGCAAGCGGGAGGGGAAGGACGCGGCGCUGGAGGCCGCGCUGCUGCGCUGGGUGCAGGGUGCCCACGCUGCCGAGCUGCCCGUGGGCCGCCCGCUGCUGCAGCUCCGGGCCCGGCACCCGGCCCGGCCCGAGCCCGAGCCCAGCGGCGGCUGGCUGGCUCGCCUGGGCGCUCGCCACGGCAAGAAGCCGCCGGCGGAGAAAGGGGACGCGGAGCAGCCCACGGCGGAGCACUGGGCCGGCACGGUGCUGCCCGGGCUCCUCCGCAGCUACGCGCCCGCCGAGAUCUUCGCCUGCGGGGAGACCGCGGUGCCGCUGCCGGCCGGCGCCCCCGGUAACGGCGAGAGCCCCGGCGAGCGGCUGACGCUGCUGCUGUGCGCCAACGCCAGCGGCUCGGAGAAGCUGCCGCUGCGGGCGGUGGGGGACAGCCCCCGGCCGCGCUGCCUGCGGGGCGUCAACCUGGAGCAGAUGCCGUGGAGCUACCGCGCCGGCGGCCCGGCCGGGCUGAGCGCGCCGCUCUUCGCCGAGUGGCUGCGGGAGUUCAACGAGGGCAUGCGGCGGCGGGGCAAGAGCGUCCUGCUCCUGCUGGCCAAGCACGAGGCGCACCCCUACCUCCAGCUGUCCAACGUCCGGAUGGUUUUCAUCCCGCCGGCCGCCGCCCUGGCCCAGCCCCUGGACCGCGGCAUCGCCGGCGACCUCAAGGGCCACUACCGGCGCCGUUUGCUGCGGUGGCUGCCGGCGGAGCGCGGCGCGGCCCAGCCCAGCCUGCUGGACGUGCUGCACAUGCUGGCGCAAGCCUGGGGCGACGUUCACCCGGGGCUCAUCGCCGGCUGCUUCCGCGCCGCCGGCUUCACCCCCGACGCCGGCACCGAGGCCGUGUCCCUGAGCUCGGCCCCCGGUUUGCUCGGCCGGGAGCGGCCGGAGCGCGACGGGGACGCGGCGGAGGCGGACGGGGACGAGGGCACGGCGGAGGGCGAGGACGCGGGCGAGCUGGCGGCCGUGCCGCCCUGCCCCUCGGAACGGGAGGUCUGGAGGAGCCUGGCCACGCUGCGGCGGUACCUGGAGUGCCAGGCCACCUCGCCGGACCUCUUCCAGGCCUUCUACGAGCUGGAGGACGCGGUGCACAUGGUGUCAGCCGGGGCAGGGCGAGCCUUCCUCGGGGACAGCCCUCCCCAGCAGUGACCGGGCAGAGGGGCCGGUGCUCCUUGGGGCUGUCACCGCCCGGCCCGGCCGCUGUUCCCCGCAGCUGAGCCGUGGGGGUUGCAGUGGCAGCGCUGGGGACACAAAGCUGCUGCCAGUACCUUCUCCCAGGAAGGAAGGGGACGAUGUGCAGCUGCUGCCAGCGGGGAUUUGCCCUGAGUGGGGCAGUUGUGACUGCCGUGGGGGGGAUGUGGGCGGUGCUGGGGUGUCCCCGUGCUGGGGACAGCAGCUCCAUCCCACACGGGAAUCGGGUGCCUCCGGCUGCUGUCACCACGUGGUGCCUGGAGGAUUGUUACAGGCAUUAAAAAGUUGGAAUUC